GGCGCAGGAGGCGGAGUGGAGUUUGGAUGCUUUGGUGGAGCAGAGCGAGGCUGACGUUUUCCACUCGGUAUCGGCACAACUUCUUUCAGCAAGUUUCCCCAAAGAACUGUUGGGAUGUUUCACACAAGGAUGGAGCUUUCGAAUCCCCGGCUUUGCUUUACGCUGCUGAGCCUCCUCACAGCCUUGGUCUCACCUUUAGAGAUCACAUCUAGUCCGAAGGCCCCUCUGGAGAAGGCCAGCGGGCAGAGUGUGAAGCUGGACUGCCAGUUCUCCCUGAGCUCCUCAGACACUGGACCUCUGGACAUAGAAUGGAGUUUGCUGGCCUCCGACAACCAAAUUAACGACCAAGUGGUGAUUCUGUACUCGGGCGACCGGGUGUACGAGGAUUAUUACGAGCCCAUGAAGGGUAGAGUCCACUUCAACACACCCGACCCGAAGAGCGGCGACGCCUCCAUCAACUUGACCGGACUGAAGUCGACAGACACGGGCACCUACCAGUGUAAAGUUAAGAAGGCUCCUGGAAUCAGCAGCAAGAAAAUGCAGCUGAUUGUCAUGGUGCGGCCAUCAAAGCCAAAGUGUUCUACUGAAGGUACCCUAGAGGAAGGCAAAAACAUUGUGCUGAGAUGCUCAACUACAGAGGGAACCAAGCCAAUGCAAUACAAAUGGGAGAAAACCAGUGACAGCAAGCUGCUGCCUUCUACUGCUGUGAUGGACCCCGUGGAAGGAACCGUCAAUGUGAGGAACGUUUCUGCCAGUGCAUCUGGUAGCUACCGCUGCGUGGCUAGCAACCGCGUUGGCUCAGAGGAGUGCAACCUCUAUCUCCAAGUGACCCCACCACGCAACACUGGAGGCAUCAUCGCAGGAUCCAUCAUAGCCAUUCUCCUGAUCCUGCUCCUUCUCGCCAUCAUCCUCUACUGUUUCUGCCGCGCUCGCAAGAACAAGAAGUACGAGAAGGAAAUCUGCAACGAGAUCAGAGAGGACGUCCCCCCACCGAAGAGCCGCGUUUCGAGCACUCGCAGCUUCAGCCAGAUGGGCAGCCAGCGCUCGUCCCUGGGGUCCAUGUCGCCAUCCAACCUGCACGAGUACACACUGAAAUCGCAGUACUCCAUGAAGUCCCAGUACGACAAGAUCCCAUCCACCGAAGAGUACGAGCGCCCGCCGAGUCAGGCCCCGCUGCCCCCGCCGACCGCCGCCAGAAUGGCCGGCCCCAACCUCAGCCGCAUGGGGGCCAUUCCCGUCAUGACCCCGGCCCAGAACAGGGACGGCUCCAUCGUCUAGAAAAGGAUCCCUGGACAAAACGCCAGUUAUAAAAAAACAAACAAAAAAAAAAUGAAGCGGUUUCGCUCGACAGCAUCUACAAAACGAGAAGGUCCUACUAUGAAGACAUGGCUCUGCUGUGUUGGUGAUGUGCUGUACUGGAAAUAGAGCACAUUAACUUUUUAUCAAAUACAAAACGACGACAACAAAAAAGAAAAAGAAAAAAAACACUUAUGCAUUUAAUGUCCUGGAUUUUCUCCCAGGAAAUGAAUCAGUGUGGAUAUAUAAAAGCAAGAAUGGUCAAUAUACAAAUUCUAUUGUACAUAACUGAAUGCAUGUUUUGUUUUUCUUUUACAUUGAUUUCUCUUGCUGUAGAUAUACUGUUUAAAACACAACCAUCCCCUUAGUCGGCACCCUGUACAGCCGUGUGCAUGCCUCUGUGUGUGUGUAAACAGACGUCUGGAAACUUACCAUUUCUUUAAAUCAAAUUCUAACUCUUUCUUUUCCUGUCCAGUUUUGAUUGGUUGUGGCUUUCUGAUUGGAUAUAAUUUAAUAUAACUAUUUAUUGUUUUUCAGUUCUCUGAGAACAAACUGACUUCAACCCUGAAGAGUCUCUACAAGUCAGCUGUUUGCUAAUGGACAGUUGUGUUUCUUUGACUUUAAGUAGGGGGGCUUUAAAGGGUCCGGAUUGGCUGAUGGGGAAGGAGUGGUUUUGGUUUCCAUGAAUCGUGAUUGGAUGGAUGAUUGGUUCUUGACCCAACUCUAAAAAAAAAUCCAUUCUCCAUUCUUCCUCUGAGGCUCUUAGGGGAGUGUGGGUAACAGCUAGACAACAAGGUUCACUGAGCAAUCAGCUUUGAUUGUGUUUGACUAUAUAAGCCCUGGCACCCCCACCACAACCCCUUUUUACAUCCAUACACGCCAAAUUAACAAGACAAAAGGGGCAACCCUUGGUUUAUCUGGCUGUGCGGCAUGUGUAAUCCCAUGUAUUUGUUGUUGCGCCACAAGGAGGCGGAACCUUGAUUAACCUUCUCCCUGCGGUCGAUACGAAACCGAUCAGGGCUGAUGUAGCAUUAAUUUGAGAUUUUAAUGAAGGAUGGUAAUCACGGCAGGAUGAAGGAGUUUCCCACAGAGCGGAAUGCGGCAUACUGUUUCACUCUACAUUAAAACCUGACCUUUGUUUCCAAUCUCAGGGCACAGUCAGUCAGUUUAACCUAUGUAACCGAGUCCUUGCUACUCCUGUCUUCCGUUCUCUAAAAGCCUAACUUCUCAUCUGGAUUCCACCUUUUUGGACAAACAGUACAAAGCGCAAACUUCUGGUUGUUUUCUUCUUUGAUGCCUUGUUCUAUCCUUUUUUUCCGGCCUUACACUCUUCCCUUCGGUUAACCUCUUUUUGAUCCAAUUCUUUCUUGCCUUGUUGCCUUAGUUGAAAUGGUCAAACUGUGUUUUGUGCGUUCUUCAUGGCUGUUGCUUUCUGAGGACUGUAAUCAUUGCUGUAGACAUGGGCUGGGACAAACAGCACAGUUCCCUGGUUGUUACACAGGAUUAUAAACUAAAAAUAUUCUGAUGGUUUUAAUACAGCUGUGUUCAAAGUGUGGCCCUCAAAACGAUUUUGUUCGGCCCCUGACCACAAGUCACGAAUGGUUAAAAAUUUGGCCAAGAAAAUUCCCUCAAUUGAUUGAUUGAGGGAAAUCAAUCAAUUGUUUGAUUGAGGGAAACAUCAGUUGUUUCCCUCUAGAAACAAUUGAUGUUUCUAGAGGGAAUGUCAGGCACCCUGGCCUCCCAGUAAAGGUUAAAUUAUUUGAACAGUAUAACAGAAUUUUCAUUGACAAUAGCAGGAAGCAGCCCUUGCCUAUGCGACACACACUGAUUCCUCUUUCCUCUAUUGGCUUUUGUCUUUUAUUGAGGUCUCAGUCUGUCUGUUUUUAGCUUUUUAUGCUUCGAUUCUUUGUUUUUAGUUGCUUUUAAAAAAAAUGAAUUACAGCAAAGAUAAUUUAAAAAUUGUACGUACUUUCUGUUAGAAAACAAAUAGAUUCUGGCUCCAUAUUGAAGUUACCCAUUGAAGUACCAACAAAACUGAAUGAACGAAGCAUCAAAUAUUCUGUUUUUAAAUAUGUGUGUGUGUGUGUGUGCGUUUUACACAGAAGAGCACACUGUGCUCUUCUGUGUAAAACAGAAGAGCACAGUGUAUGUCAUCUUUGCUAUGUUUCCUGGCUGUGUGUGUGUUCUGGUGCCAGUAUAUGAAGUUUUAUAUUACUUAUUCCCAAACAGCAGCAAAAGUGAGACCUUGGCUGAGCUAUACAUAUAUCUGUCGGGUUUUUUUUGUUUUGUUUUUGGUGUGUGUGUGAGCAGCUGUAUUUAAUACUUGUUGGUGGACAGGAUGCGGCCCAUGUAAAGAUCUGAUGAUGAAGUGUACAGAGCUAUAUUAGAGGCGAUCCUGUUGCUCCUCCAUGCUAGUAACUUUAAUGUAAACAACUACUAACAAUACUAACAGUAGCUUUUAAAUCUGUACUAAUACUGUAUGAAGACUCCAUUGAGGUGCACACUGUGUUCAAAUCAUAUUUUCUCUGUGUAUUUUUGUGCUGUAUUUUUGAAUAAUAAAAGUCAUUGAAAUGAAGAA